AUGGGAUUUGAAGUGAAGCCUCCUCCAUAUCCUCUUAACCGAAGAGCUGAAUUCAUCAAUACAUACAUGGAGAAACUUGUGUCAUGGGAAACCGUAAGCACAAGGCUAGAAUCUGCAAUGGCUGGAGCAGCCAAAGGAGAAAAAGAAGGAUCAGAUACAGAAGAUGAAGAGAAUCAAGAUGAUGUAGAGCCUGAAGUUUACUUAGAUAGUAACAUCAAUGUAUCUGAGGAUUCAUUAAAUGAAUCUGAUAAGUAA